UUGAAAGAAUGAACAGUGGUUAAUUAGUAGUACCAGUAAUUAGCUUUUGUGUGCACAUGCGUGACACGAAAAUCGAAGUUAUUGAAAUCGAUGGGAAUAUGGGUCCCGCCAUUUGAUGGCAGUGGAUUUUUUCGUGUUCGUGCAUGGAAUUUUGUGCUGGAUAGCAAUGUUCAUUGCUUUUGAUUAAUGAUUAGUGGUAGUGAUUAGGUGAAUUUGGAAUCAAGGUUUGAAAAUAGUGAGGAAAGAUGUUGGAGCCUGAAGAAGAGAGAGCGAUGAGGAUGGUACUUGAAGACGGGAUAACGAAGACGAAGAAGAUUAUGGAAGGAAAUCAAGAAGUGAAUUUUACAAUUGACGAAUACCAGAGGUUGCAUCAAUGUGUUUUUGACCUGCAUUCUGCUAGCUAUCGUAAUAACUCACAUUGGCUUCUUGAAAGAUUUGUUAAGAGCUUGGAAGAGAGCAUCAAUUCAGUGGUAUUGCCAUCUUUUGUGGACAAACGCGAUGCGCUCUUGUUGAGAGAACUCGUCUUGAUGUGGUCCAAUUACAAGAUGAUGACAAAGUGGCUCUGCAAAUUUUUUGAAUCCAUUGACCGCCACUUUGUCCCCAAUGUCUGUUAUUGUUCACUCAAUGACAUCUCAAAUAAUAACUUCCAUGACCUGGUUUUCAAGGAGUUUUAUGUCAAAUUCCAGGAUGUUGCAAUAUCAUUGAUCAAUAAAGAACGUAUGGGACUGCACAUCGACUGCAGCUCGCUGAAAAACGUUUUUCUUGUGUUUAUGGAAAUGCAUAAACAUACAGGAAUAGCGUAUUAUGAAGGUUUCGAGAGUGUUAUGCUGGAAGAAACCUCUAAUUACUACUGUCAAGUGGCUCAGCAGUGGCUAUCACAUGGUUCACCAGCGGAUUAUGUUCAAAAGGUUAACCGGUGCUUGGAACAAGAGGCAGAAAGAGCUGAUCGAUAUAUUCCCUCUGGUACACAACCCAAGCUAUUAAAGGUUGUCAAGCAGCAAUUGGUUUAUGAAAUAUUGGACAAAUUGGUUGAAAAGCAAAGACCUGAGAACUGCGGCCUUGUUACAGAUUUUUAUCAGGAAAUGUUGUCAAAAUGUGCCAACAUGACUCUUCAAGAGGGAAGCUCGUGGACAACAGAAGAGUGGUUAUCUGCUUUGUUGACGUCAUCUUUGGUCUGUCCUUUGUCUUAGUUUUCUAGAUGGUGGUGCCAUUUGUAUAGUUUUUUUUUUUUUUUGUAUGAUAUUUUGUCAUCCUUUUUCUCCUGUUAAGCUAUAUUCUGUUCUGUGGGUGCAAGUCGAAGAGUUUUGACAUCUUCUCCUCAUGGGUCUUCAGACCGGACUUGGUGUGGUUAGUGUUGGCACUAUCUAUAUCAGUGCUGUCUAGAUUUGUGGUGGAGCUAUACUGGCAGAGAUUGAUCUAUUAUUUUCUUCGGCCAUGGUCUGACCAAUAUUUUGUGUUAUUACAUGGUAAUAUGAUUUCUUCUUGCUAGUUUUGUGG